AUGGCGGCGCCCAGGAGCGCGGGAGCGGCUGUCCCGGGCCGCUGCCGAGGGCGCGUAGCUCGCAUGAAGCUCAGAGGCGGGCAGGGACCGCGCCGCGGUCCUGGGGGCGGCGGGGAGGGGUCCCUGAAGCGACUGAAGCUAGCGGUGGAGGAGUUCGUGCAGGCGACCUCCGAGGAAAAAGCCCCCGGGGGCUGCGAGGGGCGCGGCGGUCCGGUGGGCUUCCGCCCCGGCGGGAGGAAAAGCCGCAAGGAGCUGCGGAAGGAGAAGCGACACCUGAAGAAGGCGCGCCGCCUGCAGAGGACGGGCGGCCACGGCGGAGCUGGCUCGGACGAGGAGAGGGACAGCGCCCGCCGGGACCCUCCGCCUCCCGAAGAGCCGCGGCCGACCACGGCCCCCCCGGCCCAGGUCACGGGCCCUUCGGCCCAGACCAGACCCGCCGCUGCCGCCAGCGCCGCCGCCCGCAAACGUGCGCUCCUAGCGGCCAACGAGGAGGAGGACCGAGAGAUCCGGAGGCUGGAGCGCGGCCUCGGCCUGCACAGGCGCUACGGGAAGGGCGACGGCCACCGCCUGCCGCUCAGCUUUGCGCGCGACGGGCUGGACUACGUCCUGCGGGCCCUGGACAGGGGGCGAGGGAGCGGCGUGUACGAGAGCAGCGGCGGGGAGGAGGACGAGGAGCAGGCCGGACGGACUCCCCCCGAGAGCGCCUCCGAGAGCGACUCCGAGGACCGGAGCGAGGACGAGGAGGAUGGGGGUGAAGGGCAGCAGGCGGGCGCAGACAGAGGCGGAGCGCAGGAGAAGAGGCGGGACAAGAGAGUGCGCUUUGCGGAAGAGAAGCGCGGAGACGCGGAGGGAGGUGACGCGGCGGCCCAGCUGCAUCUCUGUGAAAGUGAUAAGUACAUUCACCCUCAUGUGAGGCAAGCUGAGGAGACGGUGGAUGUCCAGAAAAAGGAAGAAUUGGAAAGGCUAAGGAAACAUGUGAAGGGUCUAAUUAACAGGUUGAGUGAACCAAACAUGGCGUCCAUCAGUGGACAGCUGGAGGAGCUGUACAUGACCCACAGCAGGAAGGACAUGAAUGACACUCUGACCGCUGCCCUGCUGGGCGCCUGUGUUUCUGACACGGCUAUGCCCAGCAGGCUGAUGAUGGAGCAUGUUCUCUUAGUCAGCAUCCUGCACCACACGGUGGGAAUUGAGGUAGGGGCUCACUUCCUGGAGGCCGUGGUGCGGAGGUUCGAGGACGUCUAUAGAACUGGCAGUGAAGGGAAGGAAUGCGACAACCUGGCCACCAUCCUUGCCCAUUUGUACAACUUCCACGUGGUGCAGUCUCUCCUCAUCUUUGAUGUUUUGAAAAAACUUAUUGGAACUUUCACAGAAAAGGAUAUUGAACUGAUCCUGUUAAUGCUGAAAAACGUGGGCUUUUCACUGAGAAAAGACGAUGCUUUGUCUCUUAAGGAGCUCAUCACUGAAGCCCAGACCAAAGCCAGUGGGGCAGGCAGCAGGUUUCAAGACCAGACCAGGGUUCGGUUUAUGCUGGAGACAAUGUUGGCGCUGAAGAACAAUGACAUGCGCAAAAUUCCGGGCUAUGACCCUGAGCCCGUGGAGAAACUGAGGAAGCUGCAGAGGGCUCUCGUUCGCAACACUGGCUCGGGUUCAGAGACUCAGCUCCGUGUCUCCUGGGACAGCGUCUUGAAUGCUGAGCAGACUGGUCGCUGGUGGAUUGUGGGGUCUGCGUGGAGUGGGGCCCCGAUGAUUGACAACAGUCAUCGCACCCUCUUGCAGAGGCAGCUUUCCGGGACGGGUAGCUCAAAGAUACUGGAACUUGCCCGGAAGCAGAGAAUGAACACUGACGUCAGGAGAAACAUAUUCUGUACAAUAAUGACGAGUGAAGAUUUUCUGGAUGCUUUUGAAAAGCUUCUAAAGCUUGGACUUAAGGACCAGCAGGAGAGAGAAAUCGUUCACGUUCUCAUGGAUUGCUGCCUUCAGGAGAAAACCUACAAUCCUUUCUAUGCGUUCUUGGCUACCAAACUUUGUGAAUAUGAAAGGAGAUUUCAGAUGACUUUCCAGUUCAGCGUGUGGGACAAGUACCGGGACUUAGAAAACCUGCCUGCUGCUCAGCUCUCUAAUUUGGUGCACCUGGUGGCCCACUUGUUGAAGACCAAGUCACUUCCACUUUCCAUCUUAAAGGUAGUUGAAUUCAGUGAAUUGGACAAACCCAGAGUCCACUUUUUACGAAAAGUGUUAAAUAUGCUGUUAAUGGAAACAGAAGUUGAAGAUCUUGGUUUAAUUUUUGCAAGGGUAUCUGAAAACCCUAAGUUGGGGAUGUUGCGGGAAGGUUUGAAGCUUUUCAUCAGCCACUUCUUACUAAAGAGCGCCCAGGCCCACAAGAGAGCUGAUGAGGCCAACAUUCUGCGAGAGAGAGCCAACCUUGCUACAAGAUCUCUGCAGGGAAAAGCUUCCCUGAGAAUGUAGUCGGGGAAAUGUCCUUUGUAAACCCAGAGGCCUAUUCUGUUGUCUACGUGGAAAAGCUUGGUGAAGCUAUAUCAUGGCCAGUUGUGUUUAAAAUAUUAUAUUUUGAGAUAAUUUUUUGGUCCAAGGUUAUAUUGUAGUUGUGUUUUAAACUAUUUUCAAAUAACUUUACAUGUAUGGGGGGGAGGGGCAGACACACCGGACAGAGUGUUCUCUAGUGGGGCUGCUGUGUGUGAUUGUCUUAAUUUUUUUCAUAGAUAAUAGGCCACUAGAGGGUGCAGUUACAAAGAAAUUGAUGUCUUUUUAUCUUUUUUUUAUUUUGGUUAAAAGUUCAAAAAUCAUUAGUUAGACAUGCUGCUUGGUGUUUACUUGGCUGCUCUGAAGUGCGGAGUGCGGCAGAGCUGAGGGGAAGCGGCCCUGUGAGUGUCCUCUACACACCGUGCAGUGGGACAGGUGUUUUUCCUCGCCACUCAGCUCACAUUUCAGCAGUGAAGGAGAUCCUUUACCAUUUUUAUAUCUCCUACUCUUCAAUUCCAAGUUGUAAAUGCACUUGCGUAAACAGCUCUGAAUUCACCAAAUAGAUGCUGGACACUAAUGGGUGCUGCUUGCUUGCUGGGUUCUAGGAGAUGUAAACGUGAGUGAAACAUAAUUACUACCUGCGACGGAUUAACAUUUACCUAGUGAGAGACAAACACACCCCGCUUUCUGAGUGCAGAGAACUGAUGGAUCCUGUGAGGAGACAGAAGUGCCCUUGAUACUCGGCAUCUCCACACAUGCACCAAUGUUUGUUGUUCUUCCAGCCCUUAAAAUGUGCCUCUCUCUCUCAAGUGCUACAGACUCGGUUUAAAUCUCACCUUCAGUGGUUGAAAGAGUUACUGAGAUGUGAGUAUACAACAGCCCUUUAGACAUUAAGUUGCAGAAACCCGUCUGCGGCAGAGCACUGUCCACUUUACAAUGGCCACUUCGGGCUCAGAGGCACAGGCUGGUGAUGUCACUGCUGUGCAGAACACUCUCUUGUACUUUCGAUCUCAACAUGGCCCUGUAGGAGCUUGUGCUUAGAAAUCACUGUGUGAAGUCAUACUUGUUCGGUCCUGUCCCUCAGCUAAUCGUUUAAACUUUGAAACGUGCAAGCAACAUGAAAAACUGCUAGGGCUAAGAAUAACCACAGAAACAGCACAGAGGCUGUCUGGCCUUUCACAUGCAUGUUAGCCCUACCUUCAGAAACAAGCUCAUGCAACCUGAGGCCAAAUUAAAACGCUGUGUCUUCUAGCAGGUUCUGAACUUAGACAACACAGCAGCAGCAGGUAUUAAGAGAGGAAUGCAAGAAGGGAAGCCUUCACUUUUAUAUUAAGGGCUUUUAACAAAAAAUGUCUUUGCUGGGUGGUGAUUAGUGCACAGCAGAGCAGGUCCACAGUGAGAUAAGGAGCUUGAGCCAGGAUAUCAGUGAACACUGCUUCCUUCCUCGAGAAAGUCUUUCUACGGAGGAAAAAAUGUCAGUUGGGCUAAACAGUGUGCUUAAUGACCUAGUCCGUUUACAUUCUGAUGCGAGCUGAUCUUGCAGACCAAGCAGUUCACAGACAGGCAGCCAGUGUAUGGACCACGUUUGAGUAGCACAAGUGUAACUGAUGUUAAUGAGAAUUAAUUGUGUGUGCAGCUGCUAAGAUUAGGAAAAGAUACCAGUGCAGUGGUGCCAUCUAACGUCACUAUGUCAUGUGUACAGUAAACCUCGUUUGAAGUAUAGAUGAGUUCAAGCUGGUUUUUCUGCAAAAGAUAAAUUUCUGUAAACCCAUUUUUAUAUCUUUUAUUAUUAAAACAAUAAAAAUGUC